CCAGCUCCCCCCGCUGCCAGUCAGGCUGUUGCGCUUCAUGCUUCCACUGCGCUCUCCCCCGUGACUGUUGUCCGGUUAUACUGGGGUCCUUCAGGGCUCCCCCAGGUGAACACAAGGAUCACACCCAUAAAGCCGGAGCAGGGAGGGAAUGACUGAAAGAAGUUGUGUGAUCCAGAAAAUCCGGCUGUUCUGACGGUGCUGUUUCCAAGAGGCGCAGUCCUCCCCCAAAACAAAAACCAAUAUGAUGUCGGCUAUAGAGACUGGUGCCCCUGUGUACCAACCUGCACAGCUGCUCAACUGGGUCUAUAUGUCUUUGCAAGACACUCAGAGCGGCGCUUUUGAUGCGUUCAAAUCCGAGUCGGACACUUCUCCUCAGGACACGAUUAUCUCCAAACGCAGCGCAGCUGAUCUGAGUUCCAACUAUCUCAACAACUUCUUCCAUCUGAGGAGUGAGGCCUUGAACAACAAUUUUUACAAGAGCUCCUCGCCCUAUGGAUCCCUCAACAAUAUCGUGGAUGGCCUGAGCUCUCUGGCGGACCAUUUCUCAGACCUCUCCCUGUCCCCGGAGACGCGCAAACCCAGCAAAAGGCCGCCGCCCAACUACCUAUGCCACCUUUGCUUCAACAAAGGACACUACAUCAAAGACUGCCCUCAGGCUCGACCCAAAGGUGAAGGCCUGACCCCGUAUCAGGGAAAGAAGAGGUGUUUCGGUGAAUAUAAAUGCCCUAAAUGCAAGAGGAAGUGGAUGAGCGGGAACUCGUGGGCCAACAUGGGACAAGAAUGUAUCAAGUGCCACAUCAACGUUUACCCUCAUAAGCAGCGACCUUUGGAGAAACCGGACGGGUUAGACGUGUCGGACCAGAGCAAAGAGCAUCCGCAACACCUGUGUGAAAAAUGCAAAGUCCUUGGCUACUACUGCCGCCGCGUGCAAUAACACACUCUACGUGCCUUAUAUACUCCUCCAAAGUUUUAUCAAAAAGGGACACUUAUAUCUGAAUUACUAAAAAUACAUGAUAAUAAACUUUAUUGUACUGUAAUGCAUCUAACGGUUUAUUCUCAUUAUAUAUCCUCUCUGACACUGUGACUCUCAGUAUAAGCGGCUCUUUUUUCUACAGUAUCUCUCAGCGGAGACGAGUACUUUGCAUUUGCUGGGUUCUUGUAACUUACUCAGUUAUCAUCAUGUGAAUAUUCAUUUGAAGUCUUAACUAUGAACCUUAAAGAAUCUUACCAACUGUGAAUUAAGAAACUUUAGCUCUGUGUCUGUCUUCACUCGUCGUCCAACAUGUUGAAACAUUGGGUGAAGUUUCCAGAUGAAAAGAUUCUCUUUUACAUGUUUGUAUAUUCCAGAAAUAACUUAAAUGAAAUGAUGUUUUCUGUAUAAAAUAUGCAACAAGUCUUUACUAAGAAGGAUAUGCAGUAUUAAUGUGUAUCUGCAUUAUUAUCAGUACUGGAAGGUACAUAAUUUUGGAAUAUAUUUUUAAGCCAUUACUUGUUGAUUAUUACACUUUGUGAAGGAAUAUAUUAGCCAACUAACAUUUAUUCUUUAUAUGCUAUGUGCCUGUAUUUCUGAAGACAUCUUUCAGGUAGUUUGUCAUUCCAGUUUUACAAAACUGUAAACCAAUGCAAGAUGGUAGAAACAUUUUAUUUCCUAAAAUAUAGAAUAAAUUACAGCAGAGUUAUAUUUUGGCACUCAGUGCUCAGAAAGACCCACCAAAGUGCUUUUUUUUAAUGGGUUGUAGGUCGUAAUGUCUGAAAUGUAACAAUGAGACAAAAAAGGUAUGAUGUACCAAAGAUCAUGGAGGAUGAAGUGGGAGGUUGCAUGUGCAUGUUGCUUUAGAGGCUUUUUGUAUGAUUCAUGAAUAUGGAACAGAAAUACCCUUUGACUUCAAAAAUGUUCAAGAUGUGUGAAACACCAUUUCAUGUGCCUUAGUUUGAGCGACCCAUGAGAUUGAUCCCUUGAUCUCUUAAAAUGUUUUUGUAUUAAAAUGUAUUUAAACAGUGUGUUCCUGUUUUUUGUUCUACUGAUCUGCAAAAUAUAAUAGAAGCUCAUAAACAUCAUGGUUUUUAAUGUAUGGGUUUGGGAAAGUCCACACAGGGCUGUACUGUUGACAACUGAUAAUACCACAUUUUCUCUUCAACAUUUCGAUCUCCCCACCGCAUAAAACAACACAAUCUCCACCUCUCUUAAUAUUUCUUUGAGCAUCUGGUAGAAUUUACUUACGGCAGAGCAAAAACAGAUCUGGCUUCAUCGCCCUCUCAUAUACCACCGCUGACACUGUGCUAUAAUACAAAAUAACAUGCAGCAAAUCCAAGCCUACCCCAGAAAAAACAUUUCUGGAGAGACCUCAGCAGAAUAAAUACUUAGCGGAAUAAUAUCAUUAGUCAACUAAGGCUGAUGAGAAAAACAGAAAGAGGCGGGGAGAAUGACACAACACUGAUCUCAUUCCUCAGCUGGUGAUAAAACACUCGCCUUUCCCCCAAUAAAUGGACACACCUACGACUAUAAAACGGCUGUAUUUCUGCCAGUUGUUCAAGUACAAAACUUUUCCUUCAAACGGCUAUGGUCGAUAUUUUUUUUACCUUUUAGCAAAACACACAAUGUGAAAGCAGAAAAAUGGGGCAAUUAUAGCAUGAAUGUGCUAAAAGGUCGAGAGUAGAAGAUUUAUGGGGCUCUCAUUACAAAAUAUAGCAAAAAUAUGAGUAUAUGAAUUACCAUGGUUUCAUUAGAGUAUAAUCACCUUAACAGGAGAAUGAGACUUUUACAUCAGAUGCCGUGGGUCCUCUUCAUCAGAGUCAGACAUGUUGAACCGCCAUGUUUCUACAAAAUAUCACAAUUAUCUCUGAAAAUAUGAAUCAGAAUAUCAUCCAGCUAGGACUGAACGUUCACAGGCAGUUAUUCAUCAAUACCUUUGUCCAUCUAUGAAAUUACUCUCAAUUAAAACACACAAAUUAUAGGCGGAAAUUAAGUAGGACAUCAUAAAUGUAAGAACAAAUAUAUACACACAC